GAGUAAGAACGUUUUCCGCUUUUUUGAGUUGUUGCGCGCAGGACCUUUUGCAUUUAUACACUACACUGUGUGCACUUGAGCAAUAAUUACUGUUGCGCCAUCAGCAGCAGCGCAAAGUAGAGUGACUGGGCGGCAAGAUUGAAGUCAAUUAUUGGUGCCCGACAGGAUUCGGUGUGUCCGCUAGUUGUGAUCUUACACGUUAGUUCUGAUUUAUGAGCAAUUCUUCUGCUGGUGAUGUAAAGUGUCUCUGGAGAGAAGAAAAAUAUUUUCCUGGCUUUGUGCGCGGAUUGAUUAGGGUACGGGAAUUUUUUGUUUGAUGAAGAAAUAAAAGUCGAAAGUCGGGGUUGGUAUGUCUAGAGUGAAAAUAUCUGGAAACAGGAAGCAAUGCAGUGUUUUUUCGUCUUUCGACAAACGUGAUCUCUAACGAAGGUACCAUAAGAAACGCACGGUGUUGGCACUUGAUAAUAUAGGCAGUAAAAAAGUGCAAGCUCUACUGAAAAAAAGGAGUGCAAAAAAUGUUUAUCGCAGUGCGAGGAAGUUACGAAGGAAUUUACAAAUACAGCACAUAGACACUGCAGCCCUGCCCAGUGAACGAACACCGCACGGACGUAAGACACAAACGAACGAGCAACAAAUCGAAGUAGUGGUUCGCAAUCACCGCCAGCCAGUCGUCGCGUCGUCCCAGGCUAGAGCUAGAAGGCAGGCACAGGCAGGCGAUCAGAUUCGUGGUGUGCCGUUUUUUUUUGUGUCCGACCGAAGCAAAAAAAAAAGGAAGCUCGCGCAAGAACAAACUGCGCCAACGAGGCCUCCAAAUCCGUACAUAAUCUGCGUCUAUCGGCGGCGAAGAAAAUUGCCGGAGCGAACCAGAAGCAAUACACUUCAAGCAGGGGAAAACUUCAUUCAAAUUUCGUUCCGAAGCUGGUCCCGGAAUGACGGAAAAAAUGUAAAAUAGGAGCGAACAUUGGUUCUGAGUCGACUGAAACGAACAAUUCAUAGUCAUUAGGAAAGAAGGAAGGACGUUGGUAUCGCAAACGUACUACGCAACUGCAAGAGAAACCUUAGUCUAAUCAUCAAAUCAUGUCGUCCCAAAGAUUCUGCUUACGGUGGAACAAUCACCAGACCAAUUUGCUGUCGGUGUUCGAUCAGCUAUUGCACGCAGAAACCUUCACCGAUGUCACACUGGCCGUCGAAGGCCAGUACCUGAAAGCGCACAAGAUGGUUCUAUCCGCGUGCAGUCCAUACUUUCAAACAAUAUUCAUCAGCCAUCCGGAAAAGGAUCCGAUAGUCAUCCUCAAGGAUGUACCGUUCAAAGACAUGAAAUGUCUGUUGGAUUUUAUGUACCGCGGCGAGGUUUCUGUUGAUCAGGACCGGCUUGCUGCCUUCCUGCGGGUGGCUGAAAGCUUACGAAUAAAGGGUCUCACCGAGGUGAACGAUGACAAGCCGCCCCCUCCGACGCCAUCGUUGACCAGCAGUGGUCUAACCACACACCAGCAUCAAACGCAGUCUUCCCACCAGCAACUUCAGCAGCAGUUGGCCGCUGCAGCAAACCGAAAUACGCAGCUCGCUGCCCUGCAACAGUCACAGCAAUUGCUCCAGCAGCAGAAGCAAAAAUCUGGCCAAAGCAUGCUGCUGACGAAUCCCCUGCUCGGUUCUGCUCUGUCACAGCAAAAGCGUAAACGCGGCCGACCGCGAAAGUUGUCCGGCAGUGACACGGGUGGUGACGGCGAAUACGAUGGCUACGAAAGCGAUAGUCACGUGCAGGGUUCUCCGGAACUGAUGGAUACCAAAAUGACCACCGUUGACGGAAUGUCCAACUCCGGCGAUGAGAACGCCAUCAGCCGGUCCGAGGACCCAGACCAAGAAGAAUCAUUAAACCCACAGAGUAGCCCACCUCACGUAGUGAAUAACAACAACAAUAGUAUCAGUAAGAAUGCCAGUAGCAGUCCCGCCCCUUCCGGUCCCACAUCCGCUACCAACGCGAAGAAUACCACCACCAACAGCAACAGCAAGAAUAACAACAAUGCCUCUACCAACUCUACCAGCAACGCGAAGAGUUUGGCCAGUAGUCUUAAAAAUGAAAACAGCAUGUCAGAUUCCAAAGAUUCAUUUCCGGAGGACGAUGCUUGCGGUGGCCCCAUGGACGAAGACGAUGACGACGAUCAGGAGGACGAUUCGGACGAGGACCGCGAGCUGAACUCGAGCUACAUGGAACCGCAGAUGCUACUGGAUGAAUUUGACGAACCCGUGGAAUUCAAGUACGACCCGAAAGGGUCCGACAGCGGAGCGGUAGAUUCCACGUCCAGCAGCUUUCCACCUCCGCUGCAAGCCAAGCCCGGUACACCGACCAGCAAUUCCAGUCGAAUGCCGCUGAUCAAUGUGGUUCCGACGAUGGCACUUUUGAACACGCAGCUACCGAAACUGGCACCACUUUCGUCGAGUGCUGCCGCAGCAGCAGCGGCGGCUGCCUCGGCCGGAUUCCUCGGCACGAAAUCCUUACCAAAGCUUCAAAAACGUCCACGGUUGAUGGGCAAAUCACAGAAUGGUAUCACCGCGACGCAGACCAUCCUAAACAAUCUUAAUAAUAAUCUAAACGAUAGUUUGAUCUCGACUUCAACCAGCGGAUCGGCAGCAGGCGCAGCUGCUGGUAUGCAAAUCCCCAAUGUCCUAUCCGGGCUGAAUACGUCGGAUUUAUUCGACAUGUACUCGAGCCAGGUGAUGAACUCACCGACGACCCGGUCAUGCUCGAACUCCCCUUCCACCAAAGGUGGUGGUUCUGGAGGGGAAGGAAGCAGUGGCCGUACGCACAAAUAUACGGUAAUCGACGAUACCGAAGGAAGUGUGCGAGAUUUUUGUACCAAAGAGGGCGACCACGUGUACCGGUGUAAGGUCUGCUCGCGAGUCUAUACCCACAUUAGCAACUUCUGUCGACACUAUGUGACAUCGCACAAGCGCAAUGUUAAGGUUUAUCCCUGUCCGUACUGUUUCAAGGAGUUCACGCGAAAGGACAACAUGACGGCCCAUGUUAAAAUAAUCCACAAAGCCGAGUACGCCCAGCAGAAUCCCGGCGGUGGUUCGGAUUCGGCACCUCAUCUGAUGAAUACCAACAGUAACAGCAGCACGAAUGGUGGUUCUACGACGCCAGUUCCGACUACUGCAGCCAGCAGCUUUGCGAAUGCAGCCAUCAUAAAUGCCGUGGCAAACGCGGUUGGUCUGCAGCCCAAAAAUGUUACCAAUUCCGGAUCCGGCAUUCGGAUAGUGUUUCCGCCGGUUGCCUCUUCAUCCACGACUGCGGCCGCAACAACAACCACCACUGCCGGCAGCGGCACUAUCAGUAUCAAGAAGGAGUUUCAGGAGAAACCAUCCUCGUCGUCGCCCGUUGAUGGCGGUUCGGUUUCCUCCAGCACCGUCACUUCGCCGAGCUCGACGACGCUGGCCAAUAGCAGUGCACCGGCAGCAGCGACCGUCAGUCAGUAAAAAAAAACCCCGGGACACACCCGCAGAAACACACACACACACACAUAAAAGAGGCUACUAACACUAAAGUAUAUCAACUGUCGGAUGGCACAAGAAAAUCAAAACUCGGUUAAAGCCGACGACGGCCAGUGGAUGAGAGGAAAAGAUGGAAAGCGAGCUGCAAUAACUGUUUUUUUAUUUUAUGUUCUGUUGUUUAUUUAAUUAUUCUUUCGCAGACCGAGAUCGUUAAUCAUUCCUUUUAAAGGGUAUUUGUAAUUUUAAUAUAAUUUGGAAUUGUAUAGCAAGCAAGAAGCAAGUAAAUGCGCUCUAACUGGGCGCACAAACCUACAGUAAGAUUGACAUUCGAGAAAGCAGGAGGAAAAUUACUUCUCGUAGAAAGAGAGAAUUACAAGCGUCCUAAAAAUUUACAUACAUAUUCUGUGUAACGUUUUUUUUGGCCUUUAUAUUGUAAUAUUGUACUAUGUAUUAGUAGUAAAGCAUUGCAAUCGCAAAAAAUAUAAACAUGCAAAAAUCUAUAGGUACACAUCAGUACAUAUGCAACAACCAUUUCACGCAAGUCUUCCCAUUUUAUCGAUUGCGAGGUAAUUCGCGUAGAGUGUAACCCCCCUCGCCGAUUGAUUCGAAACCUUAAAGCAAGUAUAUUCUAGAAAAAAUAGUACAAUAAAAUUAAAAUCAAAUAAUUAUCACCUGAAGAGACGAGCAACCUAUUUAAACUAUUCUGAUUGUCUGUUACGUCGAUCCCACAAUAAAAAGCAGCGAGCCGUAAUCCAACGUUGUUUCAAACUUUUACCCCAAAUAAGUUGAUGAAAAAUAAGAUGUUAAUUACGUUUAUCUCCCAAUCCCUUUUAUCUAUCGUCUCCAAUUCUUUAUGUUACCAAUCUCUCUUCCUUCAUGCACUGCAAAACGAAACAAUCGACCCAUUGGACAAUCUUAUCAUCCGUAACUAUUUUUAUUGUAAAAUCAGUUUCCGGAAUUCUUGCUUUGAAAUGAGCUGUCCAAUACAACGGUGUAGAGUAAGAAUAAUACGCGAUUGCUUGUUAAAAUUGAUCGACAUAAUAAGCCUAAACCUGAAACUGAACCCCUUUUGUUAUUUGCCUCCAAGGCUACCCUUCCCCGCUUCCCAUUUCCCCCUUUUUUCAAUCGAUCGAAAAGAUCGAAAACGAAAUCGUACUUCGGAGCAACACCGAGCCCGAGCUCCUCCCCGGGGGCCGGUUUGUGCGUGUCACAUACGUGCGGCAGAAGCGUAACAAAAUUUCUGUGAUUAUUUUACGUUUAUUAAAAAGUGUACCCCACUUCUUUUUGUUCGUUUUUAGUUUUGUUGUUCUUGAUUAGAUUUUCCUGUCGGUUUUAAAAGCUGUUCUCUUUCGAAACUUUGGGACACCCCGCCCCCUUAUGAUAGAUUUGUCACACAAUCAGAAAAAGAAAUAAAAAAAAACGAAACGAUUGAAGAAAUAAAAAAAGAAAGAUGUGAAAAUUUUAAGUCUGAGAUAAUAAUUUUACGGAAAGUAAAUUAGAGAAGUUCCCCGUAAGCUUGUUUCGUAACAUAGAAAGGGUCUAUAACUAUUGGAAUUUUAAUCAGGUUAAGAAUAUCAGCGAUAAUGCGUCUAAUAAACUGGAGGGCAGUAGAAAUAUACAGUAGAAAGUAAUAUUUAUAUAUGAAAUAGUUCAAGAGAGGGUUAGUUUAUUUUUUUGGCAUAAAAAUUAAACCAAUGUCUUGAAGCAAUCAAUCAAGAAAACAAAUAUUUAAACAGGAAACCAUUUUAGCCGCGUAAGAAAUUUUUAAUUACGAUCUAGUUUUAAGUACUUGUUGUAUCUUUUUGUUCACUAUUUUUCCUAUUACUAGUUCACGUGUACAUAUUUAAUCAAAUUGGAGUAGCCGCUAACGGUAAAAGUACUGCAAUAUUUUUUUAUAAAUCGCUCUAAUUUUUGCGAGCACCGAUCCUCACACCUCCGCACUAAUCAGUUAAUUUUAACCUAUUAAACGUUAUGCAAAGGUAGAUAGUGCAAUUUUACGAUUAAGAUUUUCACCGCAGCAGUUUUUAUUGUUUUCUCUGAUUCUUAGUAAUGGCUGAUAGUUGAAUUUUUAGCUGGCAUGACCUGUUUUUAAUGUCUCACGCGAACUCAGCAAGCAAUCGAUUUGUUAUGAUUCGUUUAGGUAAACUGUUCACCCGCAAUUCACCGUCUUAAAUUUAGGAAGAACGCAAGUUAUAACGUAUAACAACGCACACUUGGCACCCGGUUUCACACUUGACUGUUAGUAUGAUAAUAAUUUGUCUCGGUUUCUAACCCCUGCUUUGUUCGAUUGCUAAAAUCAGACAGCGGUUAAAUAAACUAAACAAAAAAAAAAUAAUCGGAAAAGUAAUUACUAUGUUUUAAUCCUAGCUUAAUGAAU